UGUGAUAUUCGAGGACUUGGCACUACUAUACAAAGAAACAUGCAGUGUCCGCGGUUUUUGCGAGCAGGGGCGAGAGCAAAGGGACAGGUGGAACUGAUGGCUGGCAAGUCUAGCGCGUCAAUCCCCAGCCUUAUUGAUGACACCCACAUCCAGCCCUUCGAAGACAUGCCAACACCGAGCGGCCCAAGAAACUGGCCGAUUAUCGGGGCUCUAUUCAACUUUAAACCAUUCACGGACUACACUGGCGUGACGAUACACCGUCUUCUUGGACAGCUCCACGAUGAACUAGGGGAAACAUUCCGUAUUCGUCUGGGCAAGUGGUACGUUUGUACCGCAGACCCUGAAGCCAUGGAAACCAUUAUAAGACACGAGGAGAAGUAUCCAGUUAGACCUUCCUUAGACCUUUAUGAAACAUACGUCAAAAGAGAAAACAGACCUGUCAACCUUGGAGUCUUAAAUGGUAAAGAAUGGUGGCAGCUCCGGAAACGGGUUCAGAAGAAGUUGUUGCCUCCUCGGUCAGCCCUGCAUUACCUCCCCGUACAGAACAAGGUCACGGACGAGUUCAUCUCUCUUCUCAAGUCCAAGCCUCUGUCGGCGCACGAGCUGAGAGAAACAUAUUUCAGAUUUGCCGUAGAGGCUAUAUCAGUCGUUGUGUUUAACAAACGGAUGGGCUUCCUGUCUCAAGACACCAUUCCUCAAGACUGUGAGGAGUAUCUCGCUGCUGUUAAAGAAUUCUUUGCUGUGUUUAACACUUUCAUCGGCAAGGCGCCAUUGUACAGAUUCUUCCGGACGCCGAUGUAUAUGAGGAUGAAGAGAGCAGCCGAUAAAGCAUAUGAGUUUUCCAGCAAGGCUGCGACAGAAGCCAUCGAACGAGGUCUGGAGUUGGAGAAGGCUGGGAAAUGGGACCCAGGAGAAGCCAACUUUAUUCUGUCGCUGUUCGCGUCGGGAUCUCAGAGUGUGGACGAGAUCAGCUCGGUUAUGCAGGAUCUCAUGGUGGGAGGCACGGACUCGACUGCCAAAAAUCUCGAGUUCUUCCUGUAUGCACUAGCGAGCAAUCCUGAAGUCCAGGACAAGCUGCACGCGGAGGUCAUGAAGGAGGUUGGCCCUACGGCGCCACUGACGGAGGAGGCGCUGUCAAAUAUGCCGUACCUGAAGGCGUGUCAGAAGGAGGGGUUCAGGAUGCGUUAUCCGGUACCAACAGGGACUGCCCGCAUAUUACAAAAUGGACUGAAUCUCAACGGGUACUACAUACCCAAAGACACAAUCAUCAUUAUGAACAACCCACGUCUUCUGAAGAACCCAGAAUAUGUGAAGGAUCCCGAGAAGUAUCAACCAGAACGAUGGCUAAGGAAUAAUUCGGGUCAGCUGACGAAUAACAUACCUGGUGUGGGCCUUCUACCCUUCAGUUUCGGACCCCGAAAAUGUGUAGGACAGAGAUUUGCUGAACAGGAAUUAAAUCUUGCUGCUGUUAAGGUGCUUCAGAACUUCAAGAUCUCACUGCCAGAAGGUUUCGAAGAGCCAGACAUCAUUUAUGAAGUUUUUGGGACAUUUUCGAAACCAAUCCCUUUCAUCUUCACACCCCGAGAAAAUGUCGAAAGUUAAACUGUCCUCCUAGUGCUCUGGAUACGAUGUUCAGCAAACGCCAAGAUGAUCAUGUGUUGACCUGACGUCUUACAAAGACUAUGGAAGAGGUUGGAAUGUGUCCACGACAAAAACACCGUAUGUUAUGCAAAUACAAUGACUGAUGUAUUCAUUGCGAACAUCUAAUCGUUGUGACUAACAAAUCCUACAUAAUCCUCUGUUAAUGUCAAUAGCCCUUCGAUUUACGGUGAAGCAACUAAAUGUGCUAGGGACACGUUGUCAGUGGCAACAGUGGUGUCAUUCUGCCUUCGUCCACUGGAUGACUAACCCAUGAUGAUACUGUCCAAGAAUCAACAAGGUAUCAUGUUUUUAUCCACUGGCCAACUCCACCAUAAUGGUUGUGUCAAAGAAUCGAAAUGACAUUCACCCACUAUCAAACUUGACCAUCAUGGUAACGUCCAAGCAUCAACAUGAUAUCCACUCACUGUCUGACUCAGUCAUGAUAGUAUCAUCCAAGCAUGAAAAUUUAAGUAUUUGACCAUUCACCAACUGGCCAUAAAUGUCCAGGAAUCAUCUUGACAUUCACCCUCUGGUCGAGUCAGCCAUGAUGGUAAUAUCCAAACAUGGAUAUGAUAUGAUACUGGUUUAACCCACCAGCCUAAUCACAAAAACGAAAAUAUGGACUCUCCAAGGUGGAAUAUAUUUUUGAGUAUUGCCAUUCUGUUGUUGUAAGAGACAAGAUGCUACCAAGCCGACGUUGGCCGCGAAGUUCCCUUGUUGUCUAUUUCCCGUAGAGGAAUAAGACUUACUAUAGUGCUAAAAUACGUUAAGGACAACCCAAUUCAUCCUCAUCAGCAUAACUAAUCUGAUAUGCCAGGACAGAUUCUGUACAAUAAUAUGAAAUAUUCUGGAAGACCAAAACUUUUUGAAAGCUUUUAGUAGUUUUCCAAGACAUUAUUACAAUGACAUAUUGUUUCUUUUUACUGACGAAAGAACGGCAUUUGUGAACAAACCCGAUAAUAUCUCUUUAUAAGAGAAACAUAUGAAAUAUGUUUGAAUGUACAUAUCAGAUGUCUGAAAUCAUGGGUAAUUGUAAGUAACCUGUAGACGUUGUACAGCACUCUGUAGACCACGCUGGCGUGCCUAAAUCGAUGAACACGUGUGAUCUGAAAUUUCAGUACAAAACACACUCAUCUGCUGGUCAAAUGUAAUGUGUAAAUACUGAUAUGAUAUUUCCUGAUAUAUGUCAAAUGUCAUGUGUAAAUACUGAUAUGAUAUUUACUGAUAUAUGUCAAAUGUCGUGUGUAAAUACUGAUAUGAUAUGUAUGUCAAAUUUUAUGUGUAAAUACUGAUCAGAUAUUUACUGAUGUCUGUCGCCAACAUGGCUUGUUAGCAAUGCUAAUAUAAUGUAAUAUAACAUGUAAAGCGAGCAUGCGAUAUAUCAACUGACGAACAAAAGAAAGUACACACCUGGUGCUUUUGGAUUACUUUCCAAAGAGCGACGU